GGCUUCCCAAAUCCCAGUUUAAGGGAAAUCAGGUGCUGUUUACAGCACUCACUGAUGAUGCUUGUUUACUCCUGAGGAGCAGGUGAGCAGGAGGGGUGGAGCAAGCCCUGCUCUGAGCUGGGGGAUGGACAAGACCUUCAAGCAUUCCUCAUAGACUAAGGUUUUGGGGUUCUUUAAGAUUUAAUGGCACCUUUCACCUUCUACACAGUGAAGACUACUGCAGAGGACUAAUGCAGGUUUUUUGUGGUGGCUGUUGCAAACGAAAGUGCAAACUACAGUACAUGGAGAAGGAAGCAAGAGUCUGUACUCGCUGCUAUGAUGAUAUUAAUAAAGGCUGCAAAUGCAGAGGAAGCUGACAUGCCAACUGAUGUAAAUUCAAAACCAAAAGAAGAAAUGGAUGGUAUUACAAGAAUGGAGGGACUGUGUCCUUCUGUUCCCUCAGAGGAUGCACAACAGAUCAUUUCCAGCCAGAGUGAGAUGACCGAUGGUGAUAAAUCUCUGACUCCAGACACUACAGAGUGUUCUUCUGCCAUGGAAUCUGGGAAGACUAGUACUAAUUUAGUAGAUUGGACUAAAAGUGAAAUGCCUGUUAGUCCUACAAGUUACGGAGCGCUCUGUGGUGUUGAAAACUGUGUUCGGAAAGACGUCGACCUUCUUCCAGAUGGUGAUAAACUGCCACCGCUUCUGCUUGCCAUGGGUGAAAGAGGAAAAGAUCCUCUAGUGGAAGAGCAUCUGUCUCACCAACAGGUCGCCUUGCUUCUUGAGAAAGGAGGUGCCAGUCCGUUAACCUCCUAACACACUUAACUAAUCCUAAACGCAAACUUACUUGUGAAUGUCAAGUUAAUAUCUUGUAAGUAGCUCUGUUUUUUUUUCUCCAUUAAAUCUAUUUUUCUGAUUGUGAAGAACAGCA